AUGAACCGCUCCGUAACUAUCGCUGCCCAGGUGGUCAUCACCUCUGCCCUGGGUUACUACCUCUACAAGGCCAUCAGCGCGCGACGCCAGCUCAAUGCCAAACCGGCCGAGUCGGCCGUGACUGCGCCGCUGACCCCGGAGCAGAUCGCGCUCAUCAAGGCCACCGUCCCCGUGCUCGAGCAACACGGCGUCACCAUCACCACCGUCUUCUACCGCAACAUGCUCGCCGCCCACCCCGAGCUCAAGUCCGUCUUCAACGCCGCCAACCAGGCCAACGGCCACCAGCAGCGCGCCCUGGCCGGCGCCCUGCUGGCCUACGCCUCCCACAUCGACAACCUGGCCGUCCUCGGCCCCGCCGUCGAGCUCAUCUGCAACAAGCACGCCUCCCUCUACAUCCAGCCCCGCGACUACGAGAUCGUCGGCAAGUACCUCCUCGAGGCCAUGGGCGAGGUCCUCGGCGACGCCCUGACCGACGACCUCCGCAACGCCUGGGCCACCGCCUACUGGGCCCUCGCCAACCUCAUGAUCGACCGCGAGGCCGCCCUCUACCGCGCCAGCCACGGCUGGACCGACUGGCGCGACUUCGUCGUCGCCCGCAAGGAGCCCGAAUCCGACGAGAUCACCUCCUUCUACCUCCGCCCCGCCGACAACCAGCCCCUCCCGCCCUUCAGCCCGGGCCAGUACAUCUCCGUCCGCGUCGACGUCCCCGAGCUGAGCACCCUCCAGCCCCGCCAGUACUCCCUCAGCGACCAGCCCCAGCCAGACUACUACCGCAUCAGCGUCAAGCGCGAGUCCGGCCGCCAGCCCCAGAACCCAGGCUACGUGUCGAACGUGCUCCACGACCGCAUCCAGGCCGGCGAUACCGUGCAGGUCUCGCACCCCUUCGGCGACUUCUUCCUCUCCGCUCAAGAUCCCACCCUCACUACCUCCAAGCCCACGACCCCAGUGGUCCUCCUCUCCGCAGGCGUCGGCCUCACCCCGCUCAUGUCCAUGCUCAACACAACCAUCAGCAGCUCCCGCCCCAUCCACUUCAUCCACGGCUCGCGCUCGAGCUCCGCCCGCGCCUUCCACGCCCACCUGCAGGCCCAGGCCGCCGCCUCCCCCCACCUCAAGGUCACCCUGUUCACAAGCCAGCCCGCCGCGUCGGACAAGCAAGGCGCAGACUACCACUUUGCUGGCCGCGUUGACCUCGACAAGCUCGACCCCAAGGAGGACCUGUUCCUGGACGACCCCCGCACCGAGUACUACAUUUGCGGACCUGAAGGCUUCAUGACGGAUGUGGCGGCUGCGCUGGCGAAGAAACAGGUUGGGGCGGAGAGGAUUAAGAUGGAGUUGUUUGGGACGGGGGGUGUCAAUUGA